GUGAGCAUGCGCGUUUCAGUCUUGUCAGUACGCCGACAGGGAAAAGAUGGCAGCAUCCGUGUGCAGAUUCGGGGGAGCCGUGGGCCAAGCUCUGGCUAAAGCCCGUAGUCCUGUUCUGCUUUCUCUGAGACGGGGACAAGCAAGUGUGUCUUAUGCCCAAAGCCUGCUGAGUGUUCCAGAGACACGCGUCACAACACUGGAGAAUGGACUGAGAGUGGCAUCUGAAACGACAAAUCAGGGCACCUGCACUGUUGGCCUGUGGAUCAAUGUUGGUAGCAGAUAUGAGUCUGAGAAGAAUAACGGUGCUGGGUUUUUCUUGGAGCACUUAGCUUUCAAGGGCACAAAGAAACACCCCCAGGCUGCUCUUGAACAAGCAGUAGAGUCCAUGGGUGCUCAUCUUAGUGGAUACACUUCUCGGGAACACACUGCCUUUUACAUGAAGACCCUCUCUAAGGACCUACCAAAAGCGGUGGAGCUCUUGUCUGAGGUGGUGCAGAGUGCGUCGUUGAGCGAGGCUGAGAUAGAGCAGCAGAGAGGAGUGGUGCUCAGAGAGCUGGAGGAGGUGGAGGCCAGUUUGCAGGAUAUCUGCUUGGAUUUGCUCCAUGCCACUGCAUUCCAAGGAACACCCCUGAGCCAGAGUAUACUGGGACCCUCUCAGAAUGCCAGGACUCUGACACGUCAGGAUCUGGUGGAGUACAUCAGCAGUCACUACAAGGCUCCUCGCAUGGUGCUGGCUGCUGCUGGAGGUGUGAACCAUGAGGAGUUGGUGGGGCUGGCCAGGCAGCACUUAAGUGGGGUUUCGUUUGAGUAUCAGGACGACGCUGUGCCCCUGCUGUCCCCUUGCCGCUUCACUGGCAGUGAGGUUCGAAUGCGUGACGAUGCCAUGCCCCUGGCACAUGUUGCUAUUGCUGUAGAGGCGGCUGAGUCUGCCAGUCCUGACAUUGUACCACUCAUGGUUGCUAAUUCCCUCAUCGGCAACUAUGAUGUCACAUUUGGAGGUGGCAAGCACCUGAGCAGUCGCUUGGCACGUCUGGCUGCAGAGGGCAAUCUUUGCCAUAGUUUCCAGUCUUUCCUCUCCUCCUACAGUGACACUGGAUUGAUGGGCAUCUAUUUUGUCACAGACAAACACAAGAUCGAGGACAUGAUGCACUGGGCUCAGAAUGCAUGGAUGAACUUGUGCACCACAGUGACUGAGAGUGAUGUAGCCAGAGGAAAGAAUGCUCUGAAGGCCAGUUUAGUAGGACAGCUGAACGGUACCACACCAAUCUGUGAUGACAUUGGCAGGCACGUUCUCAACUACGGCCGUCGCAUCCCAUUGGCUGAAUGGGACGCCAAGAUUGAUGCUGUGACACCCAAGAUGGUGCGUGACAUUUGCUCCAAAUACAUCUAUGACAAAUGCCCUGCUGUUGCUGCUGUUGGUCCAAUUGAGCAGCUUCCUGACUACAACAGAAUGCGCAGUGCUAUGUACUGGCUUCGGUUCUAAAUGCUCAUUUAAUUUCAUCAGAUUUCCUGUUAUCUCUCUUUUUAUAUUCUGCUCCUCACUUUGCAAACAACCUCCCCCCCCCACACACACACAAUUUAUUCCUCACUUUUCUCUCUUCGACUGAAAACAAAUGCACGCCUGAAAAUGCAAGUUAUUUCAUUGAUCAGCAAUGUGGUGAUGGAAAAAGGUAAACAAACCUGAAACAAGUGCAGAUCAGAAUCACCAAAAUUACACGACAUUAAUGAACCUUCUACUAAGGACGACUUAGGACUAAGGCCACAUCAGGUGAUGAAUUUUCAUGCCGAAAAAAAUGUAAAUUAAAAGCAGAGGAGGUUGGGAGUAGAGUACAUUUUAGACGGAAGAUGCAGGAAAAUCAAGUCAACCGUGUCGUAAACAGCAAAGGUAUUUAUGAAAUAAUGUGACGUUUUGUUUGUCCUUUAUUGUACAUAACAGAAGCUCCCAUUCUGAAUUCCAAUAAAAUACUGUAAACACCAAA